GUUCGUUAUACACAGGUUUUCCAUCGCGUAGUUCGACCAAAACUGUUUUGCUAGCCCUUAGGUUCGGGUGUUUGCGGCUGACACCAUCGUAACACGGAAUCUCUCUCUCCUAAUUCUAGACCAGAAAUAGCCCUAACGAGUCACAGCUUAUUGAGAGUACGACAGCGAUCCAUGUGCCGAGAGACGAGAACAAAUGUCUAAUUAAAAUCUGGAUACAACUGCAAGACUGCUAUGAAUUUUUGACUCUCCUAGACAUCUGUUUCCGUUUCUUUAAAAGCAAUCGUAACACAGCUGGCUAACGCCAUACGUGUCUUGGCGACACAACGAUUAGCUUGCGAACCAAUGGGCUGAUGUGGAGAGCGUCCGUAAAAAAACAUUUGAUGAAGUGUUCCUGGCAAGGGUGCAACUGUCAGGUCCAGGGAGGCUGUGCUGGACUAUGAGCUCCAGUAAGACUCUGCGCUACAACCGUUUUUCUGGAGGUGCUGCAGCAGUCGUGGCCAGUGUCCCACCUGCCGACACUGCAAACACGCAGACUAGGAUGGAGACCACCUUUGGACCUGCAUAUGCAACAGUCACCACUAUUACGAAAGCUGAAGGAUCCACCAAUUACAAGCAACAUCGGCGGACUCCCUCCUCCUCCAGCAGCAUGACCUACUCCCCCCGGGACGAGGACGACGGCAUGCCACCCAUCAGCACGCCGCGCCGCUCGGACUCGGCGAUCUCCGUGCGCUCGCUGCACUCCGAGUCCACCAUGUCCCUGCGCUCCACCUUCUCCCUGCACGAGGAGGAGGAGGACACGGAGCCCCAGGUGUUUGCAGAGCAGCCCUCGGUGAAGCUGUGCUGUCAGCUGUGCUGCAGUGUGUUCAAAGACCCCGUGAUCACGACGUGUGGGCACACCUUCUGCAGACGAUGCGCCUUGACCUCAGAGAAGUGCCCUGUGGACACUGCCAAGCUGACCGUGGUGGUGAAUAACAUCGCCGUGGCGGAGCAGAUCGGCGAGCUCUUCGUCCACUGCAAAUACGGGUGCCGUCCCGCUGCCGCUGGCAAACCGGGUGCCUUUGAGGUGGAUCCCCUGGGCUGCCCCUUCACCAUCAAACUCAGCGCCAGGAAGGACCACGAGGGGAGCUGUGACUAUCGCCCAGUGCGGUGCCCCAACAACCCCAGCUGUCCCCCUCUGCUCACCAUGAACCUGGAGGCCCACCUGAAGGAGUGUGAACACAUCAAGUGCCCCCACUCCAAAUAUGGGUGCACCUUCAUCGGGAACCAGGACACGUACGAGGCGCACCUGGAGGUGUGCAAGUUCGAGGGCCUGAAGGAGUUCCUGCAGCAGACCGACGACCGCUUCCACGAGAUGCAGGUGGCGCUGGCCCAGAAGGACCAGGACAUCGCCUUCUUGCGCUCCAUGCUGGGCAAGCUCUCCGAGAAGCUGGACCAGCUGGAGAAGAACCUGGAGCUGAAGUUCGAUGUUCUGGAUGAGAACCAGAGCAAGCUGAGCGAGGACCUGAUGGAGUUCCGCCGAGACGCCUCCAUGCUUAACGACGAGCUGUCACAUAUCAACGCUAGACUCAACAUGGGGAUCCUGGGCUCCUACGACCCCCAGCAGAUAUUCAAGUGCAAGGGCACCUUCGUGGGCCACCAGGGGCCCGUAUGGUGCCUGUGUGUCUACUCCACUGGAGACCUGCUCUUCAGCGGCUCCUCUGACAAGACCAUCAAGGUCUGGGACACCUGCACCACGUACAAGUGCCAGAAGACGUUGGAGGGGCACGAUGGCAUUGUGUUGGCGCUGUGCAUUCAGGGGAACAAGCUGUACAGCGGUUCGGCAGACUGCACGAUCAUUGUUUGGGAUAUCCAGACGCUACAGAAAGUGAACACUAUCCGGGCUCACGACAACCCGGUGUGCACGCUGGUGUCCUCGCACAACAUGCUCUUCAGCGGCUCCCUUAAAGCGAUAAAGGUGUGGGACAUCGUGGGCACGGAACUGAAGCUGAAGAAGGAGCUGACGGGACUGAACCACUGGGUCCGAGCUCUCGUUGCUUCCCAGAACCACCUGUACAGCGGCUCCUACCAGACCAUCAAGAUCUGGGAUAUCCGCUCUCUGGAGUGCGUCCAUGUGCUGCAGACGUCAGGGGGCAGUGUCUACUCCAUCGCUGUCACCAACCACCACAUCGUCUGUGGCACCUAUGAGAACCUCAUCCACGUUUGGGACAUCGAGUCCAAGGAGCAGGUGCGCACGCUGACGGGGCACGUGGGCACAGUGUACGCCCUGGCGGUGAUCUCCACUCCAGACCAGACCAAAGUGUUCAGCGCUUCCUACGAUCGCUCGCUCAGGGUGUGGAGCAUGGACAACAUGAUCUGCACCCAGACCCUGCUGCGCCACCAGGGCAGCGUGACCGCGCUGGCUGUCUCCCGUGGGCGCCUCUUUUCCGGAGCCGUGGACAGCACCGUCAAGGUGUGGACCUGUUGAGCCAGCGGUCAGCCCCUGAUGCCUGGCAGCUGUGUUUGCACGCCUGGGGGAGCCCUCGCGUGCGCGGUCCGAUCCCUGCUGGACUGUGCCGAACCCGAUUCCUGAACGCCAGGCUGGCAAGAUAGUUUUUUUUAAGAACUUUUGAUUUGCCCAGCUGAGUUAUGUGAAUUUAGUGCCAUGUUGUGGGGGGUGGUGGGGGUGGGGACGGGGAACGAAAAUCAGAGCCAACAUCUGGAUGAUUGAAGAGAGGGCUCUCGUUUUUCCCGGGCACUGCGGAAAGACUGGGCGACGCCGAAAUUCACUGAGGGGAGCUCCUUGGACCUGUGGAUCUGAACAAGGCCUCGCUGUUAAGGGCUGGUCGGAUGGACGGUGUUGUGUAUGGGUCCUGCUGUUUCCAAGUGCCGAGCGUUGCUUUGACCCCCUUUUCCCGCUGAAGCCGGACCCUGGCUUAUGAUGCCUUUUCAGGCUGGACAGACGCAGGGGGUUCAGGGAGGGCUGACGGCGCUGGUUCCCAGACCCUGAGACAUCUGCCUUAUCUGACCGUGUGCUGGCGAGGCUCCAGCCCUCUUUCCCUGGUCUCGCUCAGAGACCCCCUCCCUCGCCGUCAGGCUGCAUUCCUGCUGCCUCAACAGAAAAGCCAAAAACACACCCCUGUGAGCACCACUGGCACAACUCUUGGCACGGCAAGGACACCCCCCACCGCGAGAGAGAGGGGCACGGAGAGAUACGCAGUCCACACAGACACACACGAGGGGGUAUUUCUUCUGGCUGUUUAAAAGUUUAAAGCUCGAUCGCACCGCUGUCCAUUGAGAGAUGAGCACAGAACCCACCGUCUUUCUGCUGUUCCCCUGCUUUCGUUUUGUCUUGUUUUGGGGAGGAUGUGAAUCCGGAUCUCCGCCACGCGUGCUUUUUUGGGGGCGUGCUGACGGGCCUUCAUGCCCCUUCGUUCCCCAGCAUGCGGUCACGGCCCCAGGAACGCGCCGGCACCCACCUCCUCCCGUUUUUGAUCAAAGUGCACCGGCUUUUUUUUAAUUAAGGCGGUCUCGAAAUGAGCCGCGUCGUUGCUCCCCACCGAUGUGUUGACCUCCGAAAAUGAGCUGGGAAAGCUGAAUUCCCCAGGAAGGGAGGGUUUGAACUCGACUGUCUGUGCCCGUGUCCCCCGCUUCCCCCCAAGAACCAAUCGAGCUGCAUUAAAAGGCUGCUUUAACAAAAUCAUUGCCGAAGCGUUUUUAAAUCGAAGUGCUGCUGUCUAUUUUAGAUAGGCCCUUUUUUUAAUAUACGUGUACAAUAAUGUUGUAAACUACUAGACUGUUUUUAACUUAAAGCGUACGUUUCUUUGCGGCAUUUCCUUAAAAAACAAAAAACAAACCCUGAUUCUGUUGAUUUUGUGGCUGGGUCUCGCAAAAACAGUGGGAUGCUGUUAAGGUUUCCCAGUAGGCCCUGAACGUCUCCUGAUCGGUCACAGAUUCCACAGAGCUCCAAACGGGGGAAAACAAACCUCGACAGAAACAACACAGGCGCCCGAUAAGCUGCUUUUACUUUAGUGGAGGCUGAAAUCACGCUGAGCCUGGUGACACAGUGUGUUUUGCAAGGGAUGCGGCAAAGUGAAUUUGCAGUGCCAAUAAAUACACGCCCACAGGUUUCAUCUGAGACUGCUCGAACUCUGUGGAGAGGCGAAGAGGCAAGGUACGACUUCUUUUCAUUUUGUUUUUUUGGCCAGGAUUGUAUUUUCCACAUCGGUAAUGUAGAUGUUCCCUUAUACACUUCGUUGGACUUGAUUUGACCAUUAAAACAAUAUACUCUUUGUUAA